AUGGACGAAGAACACCAGCUACAAGAUGAAAUCGCACAGGAAAGAAUGAAACUCGAACAAUUGGAAAGGAAAAGGUUGUAUCUUUCUAAAAAGUACGAACUUCUCCAUCAGCAGGAUGAUAUCGAUGAGAAACUGAGUGUCCGAAGCAGUAACAGCCAACAAACACCCAACAUGGUUGAGAACUGGGUCAAGUCGCAAAUACAGACUGAGAGUGCCAGUCUAGGCAUCCAUAUAGGUAUGGCCGAACGCGCUGAUCAUGUCCAACCCUUGAGUGAAAAUACGGUCGAGCUAGUGAGCACAAAUUUUACAUCUACUCCCAUAGCAAAAGCUAAAAUAUCAUCUAUUGUUUCUGAGCAAACGAAUCAGGAACCAGUGAUAAAUUCAACUCCUAUACAGACAAUAUCAACGUCUGAAGCCACAAUAAAUGAGAUUGCCUCUAUUGCGACCGUUGUAGAGAACUCCAGUAGUUUCAAAGGCUCUGUUGUUUCACCUGUUUGUGUCGAUUCUAUUCUCAACAUGAUGAAGAUAUCGUUACCAAAGAUUGAUAACAGCAAACCGAAAAUUCAUAAAGUAUCUGCAUCAGCGUUCGAUGAAUGGCGAAGUAAAUUGAAGCGGGGCGAGCUGGAGGUCAUUCCGCACGAAGAAAAGGAGAGUAAGAAGCGGGAACUAAACCAUCUGGCACUUGUGAAGCAACUCGAAGAUCAACACGGUAAGGAGAGACAAUUACAACAUCAACGCGAAGAGCAGCUAAAUCGUCAACUGCAGCAACAACAACGCGAGCAGGCGAAGCGGAAUAGUGAAUGGCAACGCAAACUUCAGCUGCAGCACGAAAUCCAAGAAAAGCAGAUGAAUGAACUAGAGCGUUUAUGGAAGUUGGAGCAGCAGAUAGCCAACCGAUCUGGCACGACACGGUGUAUGAAUAAAAAUUUAGAAACGCAAUCUCGUGCAGAGAAUCAAUUAGCAGAUUACGACAAUAAUAAAACAAAAUUUACAAUUUCUUUUGAUCGGCAUUCGGUAAGUCCAUCUGGAGCCAAUCAGUUAAGCGAUGAGAUGAAUGAUAACCCCUCACAGUACCACGAUUUACAUUCCUCUACCACCGUUGAAAGUCCGGUAGGAGGUCGUACCCGAUUUUCAUCCUCUUUGAAUUCACCAUUAGUUGCUUCUUCGGCAGUGCCGAAAUUUGAAAAUGUUCAUCCAUCCGAAGCGUGUCCCCCCGCUGUGAUUCUACCGUCGUUAGGUCCCACUUCUCAACAAAUAGCAUCCCGACACGUCGUGUGCAAGGAAUUACCAAUAUUUGCAGGUGACCCGGCUGAUUGGCCACUUUUUAUAAGCAGCUACAACCACUCGACAUUAACGUGCGGUUAUUCCGACUUCGAAAACCUACUGCGACUGCAGCGAUCGCUUAAAGGAAGUGCCAAGGAAGCAGUAAGCAGCCUAUUACUUCAUCCAUCCACUGUGCCACAAGUAUUGUCGUCAUUGAAGUUGUUGUACGGACGACCGGAACAAAUAAUUCAUACGAUGAUCGCCAAAGUUAGAGCGGCCCCCUCCCCUAAAGCAGAUAAGUUAGAUUCAUUGGUGACUUUUGGUAUGGUGGUUCAAAAUCUUUGUGGGCACUUAAAAGCAGUAGGAAUGGAGAAGCAUUUAGCAAACCCUAUCCUACUACACGAACUUGUGGAUAAACUUCCAGCAAACGUAAAAUUCAAUUGGGCGCUCUAUCAGCAACAAUUUACAGAAGUUGACCUUAGUGUGUUCGGUGACUAUAUGGCGCAAAUUGCAUCUGCCACCAGUGGUGUAACAAUGUUUGCAACACCUAGUUCAAAGGUAUCAAAAGAAGACCCCCGAAAUAAGCUGAAAGAAAAGGGUUUCGUGAACACGCACUUAACCGUAGAUCGAGAAACUUCCAAGAAACAGGAUAAGAAUAAAAAGAAGAACGUUGAUCAAUUUAGCAAUAAUAUCAAACCAUGUUCGAUAUGCUCCGUCGAUAAUCAUAUAGCCGGUGAUUGUCCUAAGUUCAACAGCCUAGGGCUAGACGAUCGCUGGAAUAUUGUGAAGGAGAAAAAAUUGUGUAGGCGUUGUUUGAUUCCACACACUCGUUGGCCUUGUAAGAGCGAACCUUGCGGAGUGAAGGGAUGCCAGAAGAGACAUCAUCGUUUACUUCAUUAUGAACUUCCUCAAAUGAAUCCAACAACAAACGAGUCUACACCAAAUGUUGUGUUCAAUUUGCAUCGUCAACAUGCCACCUCGGUGCUAUUUCGAAUAGUUCCAGUCGUCUUAUACGGUAAAAAUGGAAAAGUGGAUACGUUCGCCUUUCUCGACGAUGGGUCGUCGGUGACGCUUAUAGAAAGUACGAUAGCAAUGGCCCUGGGGUUGGAAGGAAAGAAAACGUCUCUCUGUAUUCACUGGACGACGGGUGUUACAAAAAAUAUCGCGGAAUCUCUGGAAGUAGGUCUAGAAAUCUCUGGUAUUAAUCGUUCGCAACGUUUUAUGGCUUCAAACGUAUUCACAGUGGAUGGACUUGGAUUGCCAAAGCAAACGAUGAAUAUCACGGAAAUGAUAAACAAAUACGAUCAUCUGAGAAAGCUUCCAAUCCAGAGCUUCCAAUCGGCAGUACCUGGGAUACUAAUUGGUUUAAGCAACGUUCAUUUACUAGCAACAUUGAAGCUGAGAGAAGGACGGGUAGGAGAACCAAUUGCUACAAAAACGCGCCUUGGUUGGGCCGUUUACGGUAACAUGAAAGAGAGACUACUUUCACUUCCACACAGGCAGUUACAUAUAUCUGAAAGCUCAACUGAAAAUGAUCUCCAUGAGUAUGUUAAAACCUUUUUCGCGGUGGAAAGUCUUGGCGUUGUCACUUCACCUAGUAAGGAAAGCAUUGACGAACAACGAGCAAACUCUAUUCUUUUCGAAACCACCAGACGACUAGAGAAUGGAAGGUUUGAAACCGGACUACUCUGGAAACAAGACUAUGUUGAAUUUCCGGAUAGCAGGCCAAUGGCAGAAAGAAGGAUGAGAUGUUUAGAAAAACGCUUAGCGCGAAACCCGCUGCUAUAUGAGCAAGUUCGGAAACAAAUCGUCGAUUUUCAGACAAAGGGAUACGCGCACAAAGCGACUGCGGAAGAGCUCGAUAGAUUUGAUCCUCGCAGAACUUGGUACUUACCACUCGGUGUGGUCAUAAAUCCAAAAAAACCAAAUAAAAUACGGCUUAUAUGGGACGCUGCGGCUAAGGUCGACGGCAUAUCUUUGAAUACCAUGCUGCUGAAAGGACCUGAUUUGUUAACACCAUUGUUGUCUGUUCUGUUCCAGUUUAGAGAGAGACAAGUGGCAAUUUGUGGGGACAUCGAAGCCAUGUUCCAUCAAGUAAUGAUAAGAGAAGCCGAUCGCAGUGCACAAUUGUUUUACUGGAGAGAUUCACCGGAGAAACCUCUUGAUACGAUGGUAACUGAUGUUGCUAUCUUUGGCGCGACAUGUUCCCCUGUUCAUUCGCAAUACGUUAAAAAUCUCAACGCAACCCUAUUCGAAGCAGAUCAUCCCAAGGUAGCUAAUGCAAUCCGUAAUAAACAUUAUGUCGAUGACUACCUUGAUAGCGUCGAUACGGUAAACGAAGCGGUUGAAAUGGCCCUAGGAGUAGCAGAAGUCCACGCGAAAGCCGGAUUCCACAUUCGGAACUGGAUUUCGAAUGAACGAUCGGUGUUAAACAGAAUUGGAGCUGUUAAACCUACGACUGUGAAAAAUUUCGUUGUGGAAAAAGAAAAUGGAAUGGAACGAUUGCUUGGAAUGGUGUGGUUGCCGGAAGAGGACGUGUUCUCAUUCUCUUUAACCCUUCGCGAGGACCACAUGCCGCUGUUGGCGGGAGAAAUAGUCCCGACUAAGAGACAAUUAUUGAGCGUGGUUAUGAGUAUAUACGAUCCAAACGGAUUAGUCGCUGCGUUUGUCAUCCACGGAAAGAUAUUAAUUCAGGAUGUGUGGCGAUCAGGUAUUGACUGGAACGACUCGAUACCCGUCGAGCUCUUAUGUCGCUGGAAACGGUGGGUUGCAGUUUUACAGAAGAUAGAGAGCGUCAAGGUCCCACGCUGUUAUUUCAAGAAUUAUCAUCCGGAAAAUUUGAAAAACUUAGAGCUUCAUAUCUUCGUUGACGCUAGUGAAAAAGCGUACUCUGCUGUGUCUUAUUUUCGUAUCGUUGAACAGGAACACGUUCGGUGUGCACUGGUAGCAUGCAAAACGAAAGUCGCUCCAUUACAACCACUUUCUAUUCCACGUCUCGAGCUUCAGGCAGCUGUCAUUGGAUCUCGUUUGCGUGAAACUAUCACUAAAGGCCACUCUCUCCCAAUUUGGCGAGUCGUAUUUUGGACGGAUUCUAAAACGACCCUCCAAUGGAUUAGAUCAAAGGACCUUCGCCGGUAUCGACCCUAUGUUGCUUUCCGUGUAAACGAAAUUCUAACAUUGUCAAAGGCAGUAGAAUGGAGAUAUUGCCCAUCGCGCUUAAACGUUGCAGACGAAGCUACGAAAUGGAUUAAGAAAGGACCAUCAUUCGAACCGAACGCUCAGUUCUACAUGUGCCAUAAGUUUCUGUACCACCAUGAAGAUAAAUGGCCCCAAGAUUGCAUUGCAAUUGUGGAUCAAGCUGCCGAAGAGACACGGUCAGCGUUUGUGUUUGGUCACUUUAUUAUGAAACCAGUGAUACAUCUAGAACGGUUUUCCAAAUGGGAAAGGUUACUACGAGCCACUGCUUAUGUUUAUCGUUUUAUAUCUCGCACGUUGCACCGUGAGCAACGACCGUGGCCAGAAAACUUAACACGUGCGGAAUUGCAAACAGCGGAACAGGGUUUGUGGCGUAGGGCACAAUCAGAUGUUUAUCCCGACGAGGUUGCUACAUUCAUAAAGAACUGCCAGCUACCAGUCGAAGAUCGAAAGCCCAUAGAAAAUUCAAGCAGCAUAUUGAAACUCUGCCCGACACUUGACGAAAGCAAAGUUCUUAGAGCCAGGAGCCGAACAGAAUCCGCAGAGUUUGCCACGUUCGAUUCCAAAUAUCCAGUCAUUCUACCUAGAUACCAUCGCGUGACGGAGUUACUUGUGAACUUCUAUCAUCGUCAGUUCCAUCAUGCAAAUAACGAGACAGUGGUCAAUGAAAUAAGACAAAGAUUCAACAUUCCGAGAUUACGAGUUUUAGUACGAUUAGCUUCAAAGAAUUGUCAAUGGUGCCGUGUAUACAAAGCUGUUCCUGUUGCUCCUAUGAUGGCUCCUCUGCCCAAGGCUCGCUUAUCUCCCUUUGUGCGCCCAUUUACGUAUACAGGCGUUGAUAUAUUUGGGCCCUAUUUGAUUCGAAUUGGACGCAGUACUGCGAAGCGCUGGGUAGCCCUUUUUACCUGCUUGACCAUACGGGCUGUACAUUUGGAAAUUGUUGCAACUCUUUCAACCGAUUCUUGCAAGAAGGCAAUUCGCAGGUUCAUCGCACGCAGAGGUGCACCGCAAGAAAUUUAUUCGGACAAAGGAACGAAUUUUCAGGGUGCUAGUAGAGAACUGUCACAGGAAUCGAUAAAAAUUAUGAACAACGAGCUUAGCAGCACCUUUACAGAUGAACACACGCAAUGGCGAUUCAAUCCCCCGGCAACUCCACAUAUGGGUGGCUGCUGGGAAAGGAUGGUUAGAUCAGUGAAGACUGCAUUGGGUACGAUUCCGGUAGAACGCAAGUUAGAUGAGGAGUCAUUGAACACACUACUGGCUGAGGCUGAGCAUAUGGUGAAUUCACGUCCUCUCACGUUCGUUCCGUUAGACAGUGCAGAUAGUGAGGCGUUGACUCCUAACCACUUUUUGAUGUUGGGUUCACGCGGUGUGAAGCAGCAGGUGAAAGAUCCAGUUGAGGAAAACACUGCGAUUAGAUGUAGCUGGAACCGCAUUCAGCAUACGCUAGAUGGAUUCUGGCGCCGUUGGGUGAAGGAGUAUCUACCCACAAUUUCCAGAAGAACGAAGUGGUUCCAAGAUGUGAGACCAAUCAAAGAGGGUGACCUUGUAUUGAUAGUAGAUGAAGGCAUUCGUAAUCGCUGGCUUCGAGGACUAGUGCUGAAGGCGUACCCUGGUAAGGAUGGUAGAGUUCGUAGGGUGGAUGUGCAAACUAAAAAUGGUAUCUUGCGUGAACGAGCAGUCGUUAAGCUAGCCCUGUUGGAUGUAGUUGAUGACACCGUUGCAAGCCAUCCGGCGACACGUGGGGGAGAAUGUUACGGACAAUCUGUAACGACGAUACCCCUCGGAGCUAAUACCAAAAUAUUGAGCCAACGUGAUGACAAAUGA